CCCCUUCCCGAGCCCCCAUCGAGUCAUGGCCGGUUUGCCGGCACUGGCCCAGUGGCCGGCCUUGGCCGCGGUGCUCCUGGUGCUCGGCAUGCUGGCAUGCUCGCGCGCGCAGGACAUCCACCUCCAUGCCGCGCGGCAGCCGAUCCUGAGCAGGCCCGAGCCGGUGUCCCUCAUUUUGGCGCCCGGUGGCGACAUGUUUGCCAUGGUCCGCGAGAGUAAUGUAGCCUUCUGGUUUGGCAUGCUCGUCGAUGCGGGCUUCUACAUGAGGGAGCACCGGUGGGGCUUGUACUUGCUGGACCACGGCCUGGGCCUUACCUCGGGGGAUCCCAACAACCCCGGCACCGCGGCCAUCAUGGUCCCCCGGGGGUUCAGCCCGUACCAUGGCAACCUCCUGGAGCACACCCUCGAUGGGGUGGGCUUCUUCGGGGACCCGCCCCCCUAUGCGUUUCGCUUGCCGGGCGUCCGGCUGCUGGCCGGAUCGUCCAGCCUACUUAGCGCGAACUUCCUCGGGCUGAGGCAGGACCCCGGCCCGGGGCAGGUGGUGUACCUGGGGGCGCUUGACAUCCUCAUGGUCGAGGACAUCGAACACAACAUGCCCCCGGUGGUGGGGAAUGCCCUGGCCAUUGCGGCCUCCCGGGGGGCGUUCUUCCUGAUCGACGACAUGCACCUGCAGCAUGUGUCCUUCAUCGGCCAGGGCCCGGCCACGGUCAAGCACAUCGCCAGCCCGGGCAGGGCGCUCCAGCUGGAGGUGGCGGUCUUCCCCGAGGCGCUGGCCGAAUGCCCGAGCGUGGACGAGGCGGUGCUGGUGCUGCUGGACACCGGCCGGGUGUGGGUGUGCACCUGCUUUGGCAGCCCCGAGCAGCGGAUCAUCCCCGGCGGGGACCUGCCGGCCGGGGUGCCGGUGGCCGGGGCCCGGCUGAUCACCCUCCCGACCGGCAGCCCGACAGGCAUCCGGCCGCCGGUGUACCUGUCGGCCGCCGGGGCGAGUGACGCGCGCAACCGGCUCUGGCAGGUGACCCUGGUCCAUGGGGCGGUCCAGUGGCGCCGGGUGGUUCUCCCCCCGGCGGUGGCCCAUGUGUCCGGCAUGCAGCUGGCCCUCAGCAGGACGGCAUACGGCCGGGCCCACUGGGUCUUGGCCGACGCCGAAAUGCGGGUUCUCUUCGACGCCGAUGCCUUCCACUGUGCCACCGACUCGAGCAUUGUCUGCGACCGGGAGGGGCUGUCCACCGGGUCGCCUCUCGGGUGGACCUGCGUCGCGGGUCACGUCGAGGCGCCGCUGGUGUCGGAGACGGUCCUGUGCGCCGGGUGCGCCGAGGGCCACUAUCUACACCGGCCUGAUGGGGAGGCGCCCUUUGCCCAGCCGGAGCACGAGUGCCGGCCAUGCGCGCAGGCGGGCUGCCGGACGUGCGACCAGGACCACUGUCUGGUGUGCGCGGAGGGCAUGCUGCUGGAGCCGAGCGGCCCGGCCGGCCGGACCGUCUGCGUGGCGUCCUGCUCGGCCGGCUUCCGGCCGGUGUCCGGCAUGUGCCUUCCGAGCGGUGGCACCCUGCCGGGCAUCGGCCUGACGGUGCCGGUGGCGGCCAGUCUCCUGGCCGGGCUGGGCCCCGGCGACCGGGUCACCGCCAUCGGCCCGACGUGGCUGUCGGUGGACGCGGCCUCCGGCGUGGCCAUCCUGCCGGCCAGCGCCAGCGGCCCGGCCACGGGGGUGCUCCUUUUCACGGAGCACCUCAAGUCCUACAUCCUGCCGGCCGAGGCCGUCGGGGCCCCGGGGGCGCAUGCGGCGGCGGAGGUCCGCCUGCUGAGCGAGGACCUCGCCAGCCCGGUGGUGGGCUUCGUCGACGCCGGGUCCUCCCGUCGGGAUGGGCAGCUCUUCCAUGGCCUGGUCAUGGUGGGCCGGGAUGGCCAGGCCCAGCUGGCCAGGCUGACGUGCCCGGGCUCGGGGGCAUGCCAUGCCGGCGAGCUGGACUCGCCGAAGUUCCUGCUCGACAACUGCUCCAACAGGGUUCGGCGGUUGGGCCAUUUGGCGAUCGCCCUAGACCGGCCCCGGGAAGGGGUCCUGGUGGUGUACCUGAGUGGCCUGCUGGACCGUUGGUCGGUGCAUGCCUUCUCCGCCGCCGAGCUGGUGGUGCUCGAUAUGUAUGACAGGGUCCGGCGCGCCGAAAGCCACACUGGCACCUGGAUGCUGCUGCCGACCGAGGCCGGCAAUGCCAGCCUCUCGCCGGAUUCGGCUUUCGGGGCGUACCCGGCGGGCUUGCCGCCGUUAGCCGGGCGCUUCUUGGCCGACUCGCUGGCGCCCGGCCGGGGCUUUGUGCCGGUGAUGCUGGCCCGCGGGCCCGGGGCCCGGGUGUCGGGGGAGCUGCUCUUCACCGGGACCGUCGGCACGGCGUGGCAUGUGGUCCAUGUGCCCGGGGACAUGGCGGUGGCCCUGCCGGCUGGCGGCCCGCGGUACCCCAGCGCGCUGCUGCUGCUGUCGCGCACGUUCGUCGGGCUGUCGGUGCUCCACUGCCCGGGCGGGCCGGCCGGGGCGUGCGCCCUGCUGCCGGCGGUCUUUGCGGACCUGCCGGCGGAGCUGCGGCCGCCGGCCGGCACGGCCCUCUGGACCCCGGCGGCGGUGGAUUUCGCGCCGGCCGGCGGUGUGUCCGCGCGGUCGCCCGGCUCGGGGUGGCAGAUCGAUUUCCUGACCAUCGCGCCGGCCACCGGGCCGGUGGCCUUUUCGCUGGUGCUCAGCUGCCCGGCCGGGUCAUAUGGGCCCAUGUGCGAUGGGUGCCAUCCCACGUGCGCGGCCUGCGCCAGCCCGGAAGAGCCGGAGCACUGCACCGCAUGCGCCCCCGGCCGGGCGUGGCUCCAUGGCCGGACGUGCGUGAGCGAGUGCCCGGCCGGCAUGUGGCCCGAUGGACCGGCGUGCCGGGCCUGCCCGGGCGAGUGUGCGACCUGCACCUCGGCCGCCGCCUGCACCGGGUGCGUGGCCGGGCGCUUCCUGUCGGGCACGCACGCGUGCGAGCCGUGCGACGGGUCGUGUGCCCGGUGCACCGACGACCGGAGCUGUGACGCUUGCCGGCCGGGGUUGGUCUUUGCCGGGGUCGACCCGGGGGUGCCCUCGCGCUGCACGUUGGCCUGCCCGCCGGGCGAGUUCGCCGGGCCCGCCAGGUGCACUUCGUGCGGGCCUUCCUGCGACCUGUGCGCCGGCGGGGCGGCAUCGUGCACCGUGUGCGCCGAGGGCUUCCGCUGGGCGAGCCAGCCGGGCCCCGGGGGCGCUGGCCCGUGCGUGCCCUGCGACCCGGGGUGUGUGUCCUGCACGGCGGACCGGUGCCUGGUCUGUGGGCAGGGGCUGCUUCUUGGGCCGGAUGGGGCAUGUGUGGGCUCCUGCCCGGACGGGUGGUGGCCCAACGGCGAGUCGUGCCAGCCGUGCGAUGUCAGCUGCGGGACCUGCUCCGGCGGCGAUGCCGCGCAGUGCACCGGGUGCGGGACCGGGCUGGAUCUCGUGGCGGCCGGCCCCGGCGCGGUGGGGGCCUGUGUGUCCGGCUGCCCGGAGGGCGAGUACCGGGACCUUGGGUCGAUGGCGUGCCGGGCCUGCGACGCGGCGUGCGCCACGUGCAACGGCCCGACCGAUCGGGACUGCUGGCGGUGCAGGGAGGCCCUGCUGCAGGAUGGCGACUGCGUGCAGGCCUGCGCCGCCCGGCAUGUGGCCCUUGCCGGGCGGUGCCUGCCCUGCCAUGUGUCGUGCGACGCGUGUGCCGGGACCCGGAGCACCGAGUGCCUGGAGUGCGCCGACGACCUGCUGGGCCUGCCGGCCGGGCAGGCGCCGGCCCGGUGUGUGCCCGCCUGCCCGGCCGGGUACAGCCCCUCGGCCGGCGGGUGCGCCGCCUGCCCGGCCCACUGCGCCAGCUGCCCGGGGCUGAGCACCGUGUGCGGCCUGUGCCAGCGGGGGUGGCUGCUGGCCCGGCCGGACUGCGUGCAAAGCUGCCCGGAGGGAACCUCGUCGCUGGGCAGCGAGUGCUUCUCUUGCCACGAGGGCUGCGGCAGCUGCUUUGGGCCGGGGCCCGACCAGUGCCUGUCCUGCCCUGGGCAGGGGCUGGUCCUGGUGGCCGGCCGCUGCCUGGCCGACUGCCCGGCCGGCAUGUUCCCGGACCGGGGCACCUGCACCCCCUGCAGCGACACGUGCGCCGCGUGCACCGGGCCCACGGACAGCGAGUGCACCCGCUGCACCGGGGAUAGGGCGCUGCUGCGGGGCACCUGCCGGGCCGGCUGCCCGGGGCGCUUUUUCCCCGCGGACAAUGUGUGCCUUCCGUGCGGGGCCCGUUGCGCCAGCUGCCAGGACGCGAGUGGCUGCACCGGCUGCGAGGAGGGGCUCAUGCUGCGGCCGGAUGGCGGCUGCGCCGCCGGCUGCCCAGCCCGGUCGGCCGAGUGCCCGGCCCGGGCCCGGUGCGUCCCCUGCUCGGGGGAGUGCGCCGCGUGCGAGGCCUUCGGCCCGGGGUGCGAGGCCUCCUGCACGCGCUGCGAGCCGGGGCAUGUUCUGUCGGGCGGCGCGUGCCAUGUUGCCUGCCCGGCGGGGGAGUUCCUGCCGGCCGGUGGGCACGCCUGCGAGCCGUGCUCGGCGGCGUGCCGGACAUGCUUUGGCGCGGCGGGCCAGUGUACCGGCUGCAAUGGUGGCCUCCUGCACCCGGGCGAGGGCAUGUGCGCGUCGGCCUGCGCCGGGGCGUCGGCCCCGGUGGCCGGCGUCUGCCUGAGCUGCUUGGCCGGGUGCGAGCAUUGCGAGGCCGGGCCCGGCCAGCCGGAGUGCACGGUCCAGGCGGCUGGCCAGCUGGUCUGUCCGGAGGUUGCAUCCUGUAGCCGCUGCGCCCCGGGCCGGCUGCUACUGCCGGGCCGGACGGCCUGUGUGGAGGUCUGCCCGGCCGGGCACUUCGCCGAUGCGGACGGCCAGCCGGCCGUGUGCGCCCCCUGCCAUGCGAGCUGCACCGAUUCCUGCACCGGCCCCGAGGAGGGUGACUGUGUCUCAUCCUCCAGACCCAAGUCCUCGCGCGUGGGCCUGGCCGUGGGCCUGUCGGUGGGCCUGCUGCUGCUGCUGAUCCUGCUGGUACUGCUGGUGCUGUUCCUCGUGCGCCGGCGCCGCGGGCAGGCCACCGCGAAGGCGCCGGCCGACGACGAGGACGCCACCGAGCUGAACACCAUUGUGGAGCUGGCCCUGCCCGGGGCCAUCCUGGUGGACGUGGCGGUGGACUUCCGGCCGCUGGACGAGACCCUCGGCGCCGGGACCCAAGCGAGUGUCUACGCGGCGCAGGCGGUCGGGGCCGGGAUCGUGGCCCGGCUGGGCUGCCCGGAGGUGGUGGCCGUGAAGAAGAUGCGCAUCGAGGCCAUGCAGCCGGUGCACCAUGCCCUCUUCCAGAAUGAGGUGGCGCUGAUGUGGCUGCUGCGCGAGCAUGGCCACAUCGUCCGGCUGUUCGGGUACAGCGCCCGGCCGCCGGCCAUCGUGCUGGAACGCUUCGACGGUGACCUGGAUACGCUGCUGCACUCGGAGGUCCCGCUGUCGGACCUGCAGCUGGCGGACAUCUGCCAGCAGUGGGCCGCCGGGCUGGAGGCCAUGCACGCGCACGGGGUGGCCCACUGCGACCUGAAGCCGGGCAAUGUGUUUGUCAGCCGGACGGCCGCUUCCUGGCGGGCGGCCCUCGGGGACCUGGGCACGUCGAAGAACCUGAGCGCCGACCGGUCGUCGGCCCUGCUGAGCGCCUUCCCGGAGCUGAAUGCCAUGUCGGUGCCGUAUGCCGGGCCGGAGGUCCUCCAAGCCUUCCGGCGGAGCGCGCCCCUGGACCGGGGGCACUUCUUCCCGGCCGAUGUGUACAGCGCCUCGGUCAUGCUCUACGAGUGUCUGACGCGCGCGGCCCCCUGGCCGGGCAUGGAUGCUGGCCAGAUCACGGCCGCGGUGCUUGGAGGCUCUCGGCCGCGUGUGGCCGGCCUGCCGGGGGCCGGGCCGCUGGCGGCGGCGCGCGACCUCAUCGAGGCCGGCUGGCAGGCGGAGCCCGGUCGGCGGCCUCCAGCGGCCACCGUCCGCCAGCGGUGCGCUGCGCUGUUUGUCUCGGCCAGUGGCUUGGCUCUCUCUUGA